UCCAAAACCCUAGUAACCCCGGCUUGGCUUUCGUUGGCGACGUCAUUCAUCGUUCUUUUAGCUUCGAUUUCAGAGAAUCAUUGUUCCUUUUCUCCUCUCCACAACAAAAUGGCUUUCAGCAAUCAGACGAUUCUACAGCUUCCUCAAUUUUCAACAAGCGUUUCAGCGAAGGUUCACCCUCUCGUUAUCUUCAAUAUAUGUGAUUGCUUUGUCCGUCGUCCUGAUCAAACCGACCGAGUCAUCGGAACUCUCCUUGGAUCCGUCCUUCCCGAUGGUACCAUUGAUAUUCGAAACUCUUACGCCGUUCCUCACAACGAAUCAUCGGAUCAGGUUGCAUUGGAUAUAGAUUAUCAUCAUAAUAUGUUGUCAUCCCACCAGAAGGUGAAUUCAAAAGAAGUUAUUGUUGGAUGGUUUUCAACUGGGUUUGGAGUGACAGGAGGUAGUGCAUUGAUCCAUGAAUUUUACUCGAGGGAGGUUACAAAUCCAAUUCAUCUGACUGUUGAUACUGGAUUUAAGACUGGAGAGGCUAGCAUCAAAGCUUUUGUUUCAGUUAACUUGUCUCUGGGAGAUCAGCAACUUGCCACACAGUUUCAAGAAAUCCCAUUAGAUUUACGCAUGGUUGAAGCUGAAAGAGUUGGCUUUGAUGUUCUGAAGACCACAUCGGUGGACAAACUACCUAAUGAUUUGGAAGGAAUGGAAGCAUCUAUGCAACACUUGCUUGCACUGAUAGACGAAGUAUACAAAUACGUUGAUGACGUGGCGGAUGGAAGAAUUGCACCUGAUAACGACAUAGGGAGAUUUAUAUCGGAAACUGUGGCUACCAUCCCCAAAUUCUCAUCUCAAGCUUGUGACAAGCUUGUCAAUGAUAGUUUGCAGGACAAUUUAUUGUUGCUCUAUUUGUCGAGUAUCAUGAGAACGCAACUCAGUUUGGCAGAGAAGUUGAAUACCGCCGUCCAUGCACUGUGAUGAUUGGUGAUCUUUUUGCUGUUUGGCAGAUUAUUUUGUGUGGGCUUUUGCAAAAUAUAUUGAAUGAUUGCAAAUGUUAAACCGAAAUGACAUUUUCUUCUACUUAGAAUAGAAUUCCUAUUAAACUGAAAUGUUGUCUUAUAACCAUUUAUUUUAGUGCAAUUUGAUUGUGUGCGACUCUGGGUCAUGUUAGCUACUGUGUGAGGAAUAAAUUUGGGUGACAAAAAAAAAUUAUAUAUAUAUAUAUAAAUUGUCAUUAUCUUGAUUAUAAAUAAUAAUAAAUUAUA